AUGGCGUCCAUGUUUGAACAGCCAGGGAACGGCACUCUCUUUCUCGGUGGCCAAAAAAUCUCCGGCUCCGACAUUCGUGACCAAAACGUGCUGGCCACCCAAGCCAUCGCAAAUGUCGUAAAAAGCUCCUUUGGCCCCAGUGGCCUCGACAAGAUGAUGGUCGACGAUAUUGGUGACGUCACCGUCACCAACGACGGCGCCACCAUUCUUCAGCUCCUCGACGUCGAAGACCCGGCCGGCAAGAUUCUCGUCGAACUCGCCCAGCAACAAGAUAAGGAAGUCGGUGAUGGCACGACCUCGGUCGUUCUCAUCGCCGCCGAGCUGCUCCGUCGCGGCAACGAGCUCAUGAAGAACCGCAUACACCCCACCACCAUUAUCACUGGCUACCGUCUUGCUCUCCGCGAAGCCGUCAAGUACCUCCAGGAAAAUGUCAGCGUCAAAGUUGAGAAUCUCGGCCGCGAGUCCCUUAUCAACAUUGCCAAAACCUCCAUGUCCAGCAAAAUCAUUGGCGCCGACUCCGACUUCUUCGCCGACAUGGUUGUCGACGCCAUUACCACCGUCAAGACGACCAACUAUAAGAACGAAGUCAAAUACCCCGUCAAGGCCGUCAACAUUCUCAAAGCCCAUGGCAAAGGCACUCGCGAAUCCAUGCUCGUCAAGGGCUACGCUCUCAACUGCACUAUUGCCUCGCAGGCCAUGCCUACCUACAUUCAGGACGCCAAGAUUGCUAUUCUGGACAUGAACCUGCAAAAGGAGCGCCUGAAGCUCGGCGUUCAAAUUACAGUCGAUGAUCCUCAGCAGCUGGAGCAAAUUCGUGCCCGCGAGUCUGGCAUGAUUCUUGAGCGUGUUGAUCUCAUCCUCAAGGCGGGCGCUAAUGUAAUUCUUACCACCAAGGGCAUUGACGACCUCGUACUGAAGAUGUUCAUCGAGAAAGGCGCCAUGGGUGUCCGCCGCUGCAAGAAGGAAGACCUCAGACGUAUCGCCAAGGCCACCGGCGGUACCCUGUUGAGUACCCUCUCGGAUCUCAACGGUGACGAGAAAUUUGAUCCCUCCUACCUCGGCUCCGCCGAAUCCAUUUCUCAGGAGCGCAUCUCGGACGACGAGUGUAUCAUCAUCCGCGGGGCCAAGAACCAUUCUGCCGCUUCCUUGAUUCUGCGCGGCCCCAACGACUACACCCUCGACGAGAUGGAGCGCUCCAUUCACGACUCUCUUUGCGCUGUGAAGCGUACUCUGGAGAGCGGCAGCAUCGUCCCCGGUGGCGGUGCCGUCGAGACUGCCCUUCAUAUUUACCUGGAGGAGUUUGCUGGCACAGUCGGCUCCCGCGAGCAAUUGGCCAUUGGCGAAUUCGCUCAGUCGCUUCUGGUCAUACCCAAGACGCUGGCCGUCAACGCCGCCAAAGAUGCUUCGGAACUAGUCGCGCAGCUGCGCUCAAGACACGCGCUGUCCCAGCGCACCCAAGAGGUCGACGCCAACGACGACGAAAAGACGCUUGCCCGCAAAAAGGGCUACAAGAACUAUGGUCUUGAUCUCACGCGCGGCAAGGUUGUGGAUGAGCUCAAGCUUGGUGUUCUCGAGCCCAGUAUCAGCAAGGUUCGCCAGCUAAAGAGUGCCGUCGAGGCAUGCAUUUCCAUCAUGCGUAUUGAUACCCUUAUCAAGUUGGAUCCCGAGCAGCCCAAGGAUGAUGGCCACGGUCACUGA